AUGUUGAAGCCAAUUCCUACAAUUGAAGAGGCUUUUCAAAGUUCUGUUGCUCCAGUGAGUCUACCUGAUGAUUCUCCUUAUGUGGCUGCUUACAAUGCUUCUCAUCAACCCUCAAAGCCUGUGUGUACACAUUGUGGUAAACUUGGUCACACUGUCCAAAAGUGUUUCAAGUUGCAUGGUUAUCCUCCUGGAUAUAAGACUAAUGGUUAUAGGAACCAGACUCAGUCUAUGGCUAAUCAGGCGAGUUAUUCUUCAGUUCCACAGCAGCCUCAGUCUCUCUUACAAAUGACUCCGGCUCAUACAGCUAAUGCCAUCUCAAAUGCUUACUCAACGUUCAACUCUCAUGUCCGAGUUCAAGAGAAUCAAGUUCCUUCCUCACAGACUGUUCCACAGGCGAAAAUCACUGAUCAUGGUAUUAUGGCGUCUACCUCCACUUCUGGUAACCUAUUUGGAACAUCUAGUCAUGUUUGUUCGGAUCUAGCUAAAUUUACUUCUUUUACACCAGUAGAUAGUGUCUCUGUUACACUUCCUAAUGGUUCUGCUGUUCCUAUAACACACACUGGCACGAUUCAUAUUACUGAUAAACUAGUUUUGUAUGAUGUUUUGCUUGUGCCUGAUUUCAAGUUCAACUUGAUUAGUGUUAGUUACUUGGUUAAAACGUUGGGUUGUGCUGCUAAUUUCUUUCCUCAUGGCUGCUUUAUUCAGGAACUUUCUCGGGGCUUGAUGAUUGGGAAGGGUAAUUUGCAUCACAAUCUAUACAUCUUAAGCACUGAAUCUUCUUCACCUUCUAUACAUACUUCUUCAACAUCUUUAGCUGCUUCUGUCAUGGUUGGAGAACAUAUUUGGCAUCAACGCUUAGGGCAUCCUUCAUCAAUCAUUUUGCAAAAGCUCACUCAUCAUUUACCUGCUUUCAAGCCUGAUGCAUCACCACUUUCACACUGUCAUGUAUGUCCUUUGUCAAAACAAAAACGGUUAUCUUUUACUUCUCGUAAUAAUCUAGCUUCUAAGCCGUUUGAUCUUGUUCAUUUAGACAUAUGGGGUCCUUUUAAAGUUGAGUCUGUUGAAGGUGAUUGUGUGAUUACGGCUACAUUUUUGAUCAAUCGUUUGCCUUCUCCUUUGCUUAACAAUGUAUCUCCUUAUGAAUGCUUGCAAGAGUUUCCGUUUAAGACUUCUGAGUUUUUGAAUGACUCAGUUGAUAUGUUUCCUAAUACUAUCUUACCAAUGCCAUCACCUUUGCAUUAUGUAGACUCUAUGCCUUUACCAUCUAUGCAUACUGAUUGCUCUGUGCAUCCUUUGGAUCCUAAUACUAGUAAUCAUACUUCUAAUCAACCUGCACCAUCAUCAUCUAUUAAUACUGAAUCACAUGAUACUGGUGUUAAUGAAGUUAAUGACUUUAGACCUAGACGAACAACUAGAGCUCCAAACUAUCUGUCUGAGUAUCAUUGCUCUCUUAUGCCCUUUACUAUCAAUUCUAAACAACCUACUUCUGAUUCACCUAAACCAGUUUAUCAAACUCCUUAUCCUAUCUCUUCAGUCCUUUCUUAUGAAAAUUUGAACCCUUCUUAUCAGUCCUAUACCCUAGCUUACACUCUUGAAAGAGAACCACACAACUUUAAAGAAGCGAUGGCGUCUGGCAUGUGGACUAAGUCAGUGAAUGUGGAACUUGUUGCUCUUGAAGAAAACAGGACUUGGGAUGUUGUUUCUUUGCCAAUAGGCAAGAAUGUUGUUGGUUGUAGGUGGAUAUUCACAUUGAAGUUUAAUGCUGAUGGGACUAGUGAGAGACCUAAAUCAAGUCUGGUGGCACAAGGCUAUACACAACAAGAAGGUGUUGAUUACUUAGAGACUUUCUCUCCAGUAGCCAAGCUCACGAGUGUCAAGCUGUUACUUGGUCUUGCGUCGGCUCAGGGUUGGAGUUUAACUCAGAUGGAUGUGUCUAAUGCGUUUUUGCAUGGUGAUCUUGAUGAGGAGAUAUAUAUGAGUCUCCCUCAAGGCUAUACGCCUGCUCCUUGUGUCAUUCUUCCACCAAAUCCAGUGUGUAGAGACUGCUCUCCAGUGGAUAAUACAUUGUUUGUGAAAGCGAUGGGUACUUCAUUUGUGGCGGUGUUGGUAUAUGUUGAUGACAUCAUGAUUGCGAGUAAUGAUGAUGAUGCGGUCCUUCGUCUUAAGGCUCUGCUUCAUUCUGAGUUCAAGAUCAAAGAUCUCGGACCUGCUCGUUUCUUUCUUGGAUUGGAGAUUGCUAGAUCAUCUUCUUGUAUUUCAGUUUGUCAACGGAAAUACUCGCUUAAUCUUCUGGAGGAUUAUGGCUUAUUGGGUUGUGAACCGAGUUCUGUUCCAAUGGAUCCUUCUUUAUAUCUUACCAAGGAUCUUGGAUCUUUACUCUCUACACCGACGAAGUAUCGAGAACUCAUUGGCCGGCUGUUAUACUUGUGCAUCACGAGACCUGAUAUUACUUUUGCCGUGCAUCAACUGAGUCAGUUCCUUUCAGCACCAACAGAUGCGUACUAUCAAGCGGCUCUGAAAGCAGCUUGCAAAGAUACUAGACGUUCUGUCACAGGCUUUUAUGUUUAUCUUGGAACGUCUCUAGUAUCUUUGAAGUCCAAGAAGCAGGCUGUUGUUAGCCGUAGUAGUACAGAAGCAGAGUAUAGAAGCUUGGCGUUGGCUACUUGUGAAUUGAUUUGGUUGCAACAAUUGUUAAAAGAUCUUCAUGUCAAGAUGUCUUGCACGCCUAAGCUGUUCUGUGACAACAAGUCUGCUAUUCAUAUACUUAACAAUCCGGUUUUCAUGAAUGCUCGAAGCACAUCAAGAUUGAUUGUCACACAGUACGAGAUCAGAUCAAAGCGGGUUGGUUGA